AUGCGAGACCAAGGUCUUUUUAUAACAGAGUAUCCUACUGUUGUUGGCUUCGACAUGUCCGGUUUGGUGCUACAAGUCGGCGAAAAUGUUCCAGCUGGCGAUGAUGGCUUCCAACCUGGUACUCGAGUUGCUGCAUAUUCAGCUUCGGCAUGGAGAGGUUGCGCUCCAGAUUAUGGUCCUUUCCAAGAGAAAUGCCUAGUUCCGUGGCAACAUGCUGUUCGACUCCCAGAUCAGAACAUGUCGUGGAAUCAUGCUGCGACGUUGCCUGUUUCUGUGCAGGUACCUCUUAGCGCAUGGGACAUGAUGGGAAUUCCUAGAUCAUACGAUGAACUUCCUUCCCAAGAUCUUGGCCAGUUGGAGAAGAAAGAGGUGCUCUUGAUCUGGGGCGCAUCAUCCAGCAUCGGCACCAUGGGCGUACAGACAGCUCGCUUGAAGUGUCAGGAUCCCAAGUCUCCCUUCGCCGCGGUCUAUGCCACUGCUGGGUUGGCAAACCACAAUUAUAUACGCUCGCUCGGUGCCCAUCGUGUGUUUGACUACAAAGAUCCAAAGGUUGUUGAAUCAAUCGUCUCCGCCGCAAAAGAAGACGGGUUGAUCAUUCGACAUUGUUUCCUCGCGACUGGAAACCUGUCCUUGUGUCAAUCUGUGCUCAAAGAGUUUGUUGAUUCAAACUCAGCUGAAGGAGCUGCGAUAGCUAAGAUCGGGUCGGCACCUUGGAUUCCGGCAGACGCUGAGAACGUUGAUGGAGUUGAAGUUACUUUCGUGAUGCCAUCGGCGGUUGAAGAAGAAAGACUCGAGCAGUUCAAGUAUUGGAUUGGAGCUUAUUUGAGCAAGAACUUGUCUAAUGGUGGCAUUAAACCAAGCCCCGAACCAAAGGUUGUAGGUAAAGGUCUGGAGUUCCUCAACGGCGCUUUGGAUAAAAUGUCUGAGGGUGUUAGUUGUACAAAGUUAGUGGUGGAAAUUGGGGAGUGA